GGAAACGGAAGUCAAAACAGUAGUGUUUUGGUUUUUGAACAGAUUUUGAACAGGUUUUGAACGCUUCAUCCAUGAUUUUGAAACAUGGCUGCGAACGAUGUUUUCACCACACGAACCAGGUGGACUCGGGACAUGGAAGAUUUAUUGGUGGACUUGUGGAAACAGUAUGAGUGUUUGUACGACGUGUCCUCGGACACAUAUCACAAUAAGCUGGAGAAGGAGAGGUGCUGGGAGGAGAUAGCUGUGGCUCUGGAUCUGUCCGUGGAGGAGGUGAAGGUGAGGGCUACAUCUCUGCGGACUCAGUACACCAGAGUCCUGAAGCCUCUAACAUCAGGCAGUGGGAAGAAUAAAGCCCUGACACCCAGACAGAGGAGGAUCCUCAAGUCCCUCAAGUUCCUCCGAAAACAUGUCAAUCCUCGCUCCUCUGAAAGCAAUGUUGACCAGACAACAAAAGACACAUUGACCACACAGCUGGAAAGUGAUGGCAGCAACCCAGAGAACACAACCUUCUCCCUGGACCUGGACUCUGGCAGGUCACACUCACCUGCAGAUAAAGUUGCCAUUGCUCGGACCAACUGGUCUGUAGAAAAGGAAAACAAGCUCUUGCAGCUGUGGCAGCAGCACCCCUGUUUGUAUGAAUUUUCUGCAGACAGAUUUCAUGACAGGUUGGAGAGGGAAAAGAAAUGGACUGAAAUCGCUACCACUUUGGAUCUUCCGGUUGAGGAUGUAAAGAUUCGGGCCACCUCUCUGCGAACUCAGUAUUCCAAACUGGUGAAACCGCUGGCUUCUGGGAAGAUGAGGAAACCCAUAACAGGGAGGCAGAGGAUGAUCAUGACGUCCUGUGAAUUCCUCAAAAAACAUAUCACCCAUCGUCCCACUGAAGGCAAAUGUGACCAACUGAUAAAAGAUGAGUUGGUGACUCAGCAGGACAGCAGCGAGAGCGAGCCAGAGAACACAGCACUGUCCCAGGACCUUUAUGGUGGAGCGUCACCUUCACCUACUGAGAGCUCCUCUGUUUCACCUCCUCCUCCUCCUCAGCUUGCCAAAAAAGAGCAGGACACAUCUGACAAGGAAGGACAGAAACUGGCCUUUUUGCAGCACAUAUUAGAUGUUUUAAGGGAGAACCACAGCAAGGAACCACAGAAAGACUGUGAGGACGCAUUUGGUGUCACUGUUGCAAUGGAACUGAAGAGGAUACGAAACCCAGCACUGAGGAACAGGGUCAAAAGACAAAUAAUGACAGUACUGUAUGAUGCUUUGGACUCUGAGCAGGUGACGGACCCACUCCCAUACCAGCCCCAUCACGCAUUCCAAAGGGAAGAUCCCCAUUCUAUUACCGUAGUCAUACCUUAACAUCUCACCUGUAUAUUGUGCCACAGAAAGACUGAGAUAAUAUUUGGAAUUCAGAAAUGUUUUCUCUUAUUUUUAAGCUCUUUUAUUUAUUUUUGUUGUAUGUUAGCUUGUUUGUUAGCUUUAGGCUAACUAGCAGUGGCGAAAACAGUGUUGGUGGUUGAGAAACAUACAGUAAUAUUUGCUACAGUGUUGCAGUGUUUACAUUAUUAUGUAAUUAUAUAUCAGACAUCUGAUCAAAGUUUGAUAAAAGUAAGAUGUACUCCAUCUCGCAAGAUAUUUACAUUAGGUUCAAUAAGUCCACUUUUUGUUGGAGGUUUCAGGUGGCGGUGUUUUCCUUCAUUGUGAUUCCUGUAUGAAACGACAGUUAGCGUUUGAAUUUGUUUGAUACCUAAUCCAGUUUACCCUGGUUACAUUUGAGUUUCAGAUUUUAGGAAAGUGCCCAGACAUUUCUCUCUGUCAUUUUUCCCAAAUUGCGAAUAAACGAUGAAACAAAACUGGACUUUCAAUAUGAAAGACAAUGUACUUUUUCUUUAUAUUUGAUGCUGUGCUAGCGUACUUUAAGAAAA